AUGACCUCCAUCGUCAACGGAGCGACCCCCGCGCCCAAGCAGAUCCGCUUCGUCACAAACCAAGGCCAUCCGCCAUCCAAAAGACGCAGGAUCAACGCCGCAUGCCUGACCUGUCGCAAACGAAAGACGAGAUGCGCCGGCGAGCGCCCCAGCUGCUCAACUUGCGCCAAGAACGGACACACUUGCUUGGGUUAUAAUGAAGUGAUUGAGAAGAAAUCUUCAAGUGGCGCCAUCGCCACCCGAGAUCCCCACCAUGACGAGGACGACGACGUAGAGGAAGACGAGGACGAAGACGAACACAUCCGGGAAGAAGAAGGAGGAGGAGGAGGGAAUCCCGACAAGAGGAAAUACGGAAAGAACACAGCUACUGGCCGACGCCUCUCUGGACUCAAAUCAGAAGGCGAACAACCGCCCAAGACCGUUGUCGAAACCAAUGCUGGCCACUCGCCGACCUUUUUGCGGCGUUCGUCAGAACAUAGCUCUCGUGACCAAGACCAGAGCUCUGGACCUCGACGACCCUCACAUCCUCGCGCAACAUCCUUCUCCGACGAUGCACGCAGUACGCAGAGUCGCUCUCCCGUGUCGCACCAUACAGAUCGCCACAGGGUGCCCUACUUUCGCUACUUUGGCCCGACGGCCAUCGUUCCCGGCUACAAGCAGAUGGUGGUGUCUGUACGGGACCGCAGGCGAAGCACUGGCGGGUCUGCUGGUGCUACAUCUCCAAGCUCCGGUUCAAGUGUGGUCCAGUCCAUGGGAAUGGCUCUGUCAGGCAUACCUCAGCAUGAAGAGGUCGCUGUUGCCGACGAGGACCUACCAGUCUACGACCCCAACGAUCCUGCGCCAGUCCAUCCCCUGGUCCUGCAUCUAGUCAAAACAUUCUUCUUGCAUUUGGGCUGCAACUAUCCCUUCUUGAAGGAGGAUAACUUCAUCCGUAUGGUCAAGGAGAAGCGCGUCGAGCCAAUUCUUGUCGAUGCUGUUUGUGCGUUGGCCGCACGUUUUUCCGACUCGCCACAGCUCGGGCAUAGUAAAGACGAAGAGGCGUCUCAUGCUGAGCAAGGCCAGUUCUACGCCCACAGAGCAAAGGCUGCCACCGUUGACACUUUCCCCUGUCCGUCUGUAGGCGCUGUUCAGGCGCUUUUGAUGAUGGCGUACGAAGGUUUUGGGGCAGACCAAGACAGUGCUUUGUGGAUGUAUUUGGGUCUGGCCAUUCGCAUGGCCGUUGACCUGGGCCUGCAGAAGAUGGUCGGCGUGAUAUAUCAAGGUGAAAGAGACCCUUGGUACACUCGCCACGGAGACCAAGCGAGCAGUGAUGCGGGAGCAACCGACGGUCCACAAGAGGACGACAACGGUCUCACCCGCGAAGAGCAGCUCGAGGUUGAGCAAGAACGUACCGAUACGUUCUGGGCUGUCUUUGUUCUUGACAGAGUAAUAUCUUCUGGAACAGGCAGGCCUGUGACAAUUCGUGAUGACGACUUCGAAUUGGCUCUGCCGGUAUCAACUCUCGACCCGGCAUCGGGCUGGCCGGCCCCCUUUCCCGUCUUCAUCCAGAUCAUCCAUCUUUACGGCCGUGUAUCCGACGUUCUAAAUAACAUUCGCAACGCAAAUGACCUGACAUCAGAGAAGUGGGCAAAGCUUUCGCGGAUGGAGCAUGAGUUAACGAAGCUCUACCAAAAGCAAGAUCCCCGGCUACACUUCAGCGUCUCUAACUUCAAGACGUACUUGAAGUUGGGGCAGGGCACGAACUUCAUCCUUCUUCACUUCUGGUUUCAUGCGCUCAUCAUUAUAUUGCACCAACCUACUCUACUCACCCCUUUUGGCUCGUUGAGGAGCACACAUCAGCUUCUACCUAAUAGUCGCGAGCUUUCCAUGUCUAGCGCCAAGACGAUUGCCGAUAUUCUCGCCUUUGCAGAACUCAUCGACCCCAAGAGCUUCAUAGGAAACCCGUUCACAUCCCAGCCCAUGUACAUUGCUGCAUGCGCUUUCCUAAUGGAGUCUAUUGCGAACGCGUCGAACCCCACGUCGAGAGAAACAUCUCCGCCAAACGAGCCCAAGAUGGAGGGUCAGAGACAAAAGUCAUCCUCGCAUGAGCAAAGAAUGUCUACCAAGCACUCUCUCCUAGCGUCGGCUGCCAACCAGAAUUACUCUCGUUGCUACAAGAGCCUCCAGCAAUUGCAUAAGUAUUGGGGCGGAGUCAAAUACAUCCUGACAGCGCUCGACCAGAAGUCCAAGGGCAUAUGGGACUGUGAGACGUACACCAACGAGGAGUACGAGAGCGCCCGACUGCCUCGCCGAGGCUCAAUUGGCGGGCGUUUCCCACAUCCAUCGACGCCCAAUAUGCCGCCAAUCGCCUGGUCCCUUACGGGCACGACAAACUCGCCAAACUCGAGCCUUACGCUCAUGUACCAGAACAUGCAUGCUAGUCAGUCUGGCCAUCACGGCACCAUGCAACCUCAACAAUCCAACAUUCCCACAUCUGCGCCUACACCCCCUGGGAACAUGAUAUAUGACCCAAUCCGUCAGAGCUUGCCCGAGGCGGCUCCCCAAUCCAUCUUUGCUACUGCAUAUCCUCAACCACUUAUUUCUGCCAUGCGACAAACGUCACGUUCUCACCAUACGCAGCGCUUGUCGACAUCAUCUAUGAGCCCAACUAAUCAAGGAAGAGGCCAUUUGCAGUUUGAGGGCAUCCAUGAAGAGCAAACUUCACCUCCAGCACGCCACGCCGGGCCAAUGUUGGCUGCCACUUCACACCCUCAGCAACCGACGUCUUUCACACCUUCGUCACACAACUCUGCAGGAUAUGACCACUCCAUGAUGCCAUCGGUCUCGCCAUCUGGCAAUAUGCACGAUGCGGUAUCGCAACAGCAUCAUAACGGGCAGCAUAUUGCUUUCGAUCCUACAUACGCCAACGCGACAUACUCCUAUCUCGGGCAAGGCAUGGGUCCCAUCACAGAUGUCAUCACCUUUGAGAACCCGAUUGAUAUCGGAGCGUUGGGGUUGCCAAACGAGAUGAUGCCACCAUGGUUGGAAUAUCUGCCUGGGGAUGUGUUGGGUCUAUUUGAAAACAACAAUAUGGAUCCAGGCUCAUAA